CAGGACUGUAGUGCGUUCAGGACUGACUGACCGACCAUUUUACUGACUGGAAUAGUUUUCACAAAAGCUUAUUGCUUCAGCCUCAAAGGAUAUAAUAGAAACAAGAGGAAAGACUUCAGUUUUGAUACCACCGGAUAUACACCUACGUGCAUAAUAUGAUACACUGAUGAUGCAUUGUGGAUAUGCUCGUCCCCCGCGCCAUGUUGGUCACCGCCACUGCGACAGCUGUUUCAGCCGGCGCUGCAAAGCCCCCGUGGAGAUCUCCGUGUCCUGUGCGCUCAUCCCCUGCAGUCUGAUGUGUGGAGCCCUGUUCCACAUGUGCAAACAGGAGGAGCACGCACUGCUCUGCCCCAAUGAGAAGGUGCCGUGCCUCAAUGCCGACUUCGGCUGCCCGCUAAACAUGCCUCGUUCCUGGCAGGCCGCUCACCUGCAGGACUGUCCGGCGAGUGUGGUGUGCUGCUCCAUGGAGUGGAACCGCUGGCCGGCUGAGGAUGCACAGUCCCACAUGCACGCGGCCCUGCAGGAGAACCUUGUGAAGGAGCUAGCAGGAGGACAAGUUGAGGCUCUGGACCUGUCCAUGGCUCUGAGAGACCAGGACCACCUGUUCCAUUCCCUGAAGAUGAAGAAACUCUUCCCAGAGCUUGUUGAGAGGGUGGAGGAGGAGGAGUGGGAGGAGCAGAGGAGGAGGGACAAGUGGAGGAUGAAGAAGGAGGAGAAGAAGAAGAGAGAGGCCCUGGAGGCUCAAAGAGCUAACAGGGUUGACUGCGGGUUUCCUGUAGAUCAAGGAUGGUACGCACCGCUCCCUACGAAAAUUCAGGAGGCGGUGAGGGAGAGGGGAGAGGAAGAGAAGCAGGAGAGGGAGCCGACCCAGGAGGAGAGGGAGGCGCUAGCCAGGGGGAGGUUGAUACCGUCAGACAGCCAGACAGGCUCCCGUUACUGGGAGUGUAUGUUCAACAUGGAGAAGGGAGGCUGCAUGAUAACUGAGGCUAGCGAGGGGACGGGGUCAAAAAUCAAAGGUCGAGAGAAGGAGUCACAUCAGUCUCAGUCCAAGACCACCGCCGGGACACAAAUACCCACCAAUGCACGCACACACUCGGACAACACCCGGCACACACACUCAGAUGAACGCCCUGAUCCCCAGUGCGUGGCCUGCCUGGCGGGACCUGAGAAGAAGCAAGCAUAUUACUAUGGACAGUUGGAGCCCAUGAAGAUUGUCACAGUGAGGACCUUCAAGAUUCCAUGCAGCUUCACAGCCAAGCACAAACGCAUCAGGAACCCGUCCCACUGGAAGAGGGUGCACGUGGCUGUGGACACCAGCGACCUAGGGGUGGAGCUAAAGGACAUGCCUAUCUGGGAGGAGGUGCAGGCCAGUCUUUUGUGCUCUCUGGAGAAGGAGCUCAGGGGUCAUCUGAUCGCUGAGUCAAAGUCCACUGACGCCCUCCUUCACGACACGGGAACACAGACUUACGCCUUCCAGUCAACUCCAUUUGGCCGCAACGCCUCAUUGGCCAGUGUGACGGCGGGCCGCCCUCUUCAGCUCCACCUCCAGGUGCAGGCAGAGGGUGUGACGAGCAGACACAACAAGACUAGCUCUGCCUUCACCUUCCUCUGCGGACACGCCUUCCAACGCAGAGAAUUCCCCAAACACUUCAGGAACGUGCACGCGGACAUACAGUCAUGCGCAAGUGGCUGGUUUGAGCAGAGGUGCCCUCUGGCCUACCUCGGCUGCACCUUCAGCCAGAAGAGGUUCCAGCCUUCUACGCACACUGCCACUGUUACCUACAACCAGGAACUUAGUUGCUUCAGCCUGAGACCCACCAUCGCAACCUCUCUGAAUGAGCAAACUCAACUCUCCACAUCCUGGUCUGCUUCUGAACCUGUCCUCAAACCCAGGAGGAAAAGGUUGAGGGGAGGAGGAGUAGAGGAUGAGGAUUCUUUGAGUGGUCUGCCCUAUGAGGUGUUGUGCUACAUUGCCAGCUUCCUGGACAGCUUCUCACUGUUUCAACUGGCCCUGGUUUCCUGCCUCAUGAGGGAUGUGUGUUCCUCUCUGCUUCACGAGAGGGGGAUGGUUUCCCUCCUCUGGGAGAAAAAGUUUUAUAAGACAGGCUUGGCCAAGUGGAAGGCCAAGAAAGUGGUGUGGGAGUUCAGUACUCUAUUCUCUCCAGUAGAAGCAUGGUGUUUUGACAACAGUGUCCCCUCCAUGUCAGAGCACCUAAAAGUGUGUCCCUACUACGAGAUCGAGCCCAGGACCGAGCGUGUGCUCAUGCUUCACAAUGCCAACAUUAAAAUUAACACAGGCAGUGAAAGCAAGAGCAACACUCUAGUCUCCCUGUUCCAAAAGCAGAAUUUGAAUAGUUCUUCAUGAACUUAUAAAAUAAGCUACCUACUGUCAGGCCUUGCGGGGGUCCUCAUGCAGUUGAGAUGUUGGUGUCACUCUGUGUGCAAAUAAAUUGUCAUGGUUGACAGGUUUGUCUUAACAUUGACAGAAAUGUUGUAGGCAAGCGAUCUGCUUUAGGCUUGUGUAAUGUUCUUAGAAUCUGUGGUAUGCUAGCCUGACAUGCAGGGAUUGACAAAGAGAGUGGAAUAGCAAACUGAUCUACUUUAAGCUUUUGGAAUUAUCUCAGGCGUCGUGUGCCUUAGAUUGAGAACCCAGGUAGUGAUCUGUAAUCUAAUUAAGUAUUGACAUAUAUGUAUCCAUGUGCCUGUUUCUCAAACAAACCUCCGAUUUUACCUAUGAAGUGCUGAUUAAUAAAGUCACAACCAGGACAAUUAUUUUGUGCACAGUAUUUUGAGAAUGACAGAGACUGUCAAAUAUUCAGAAUAUUUUUGACACAGUCUUGUAUAACAUUUCUAAGGUCAGCGUUGUACUUCAGCAAGUGUGUGUGUGUGUGUUGAGCUGGUAUGUGAACAUCAUGCUUGACUUAUGGUUAUGGCAAGGAAUGUAAUUAAAGGUUGUUGAAGAGGCGGAAAUGUUGGACAUUAGCCGGGGUUAGGGUUUUGGUUAACAGAUCGGUCAAAGUUAGCGUAACAAUAUGUCUGUGGACGGUGACAUCAUGAACAGUUUUCUUCCUACUUCAUAAUUCGGUCUCCAAAAGAAAAAGAUCAGUCUCUAUUUUACAAAAUGCCUCUUAGAACUAGCCUGAUUAUACUAGGUCACUUUGUUUCUGCACACAGAUUAAAACUCCCAAGUUCCACAUAGUUUUAUAUGGCUAGGCUUGUGCCAAGCUAAUAAUAACUAAUUAUAAUUUAUCAUAAAAGUCAAUCCAGUGAGAAACAAAUGAAAAAGAAACAAGGAACAUUGCAGUCCUUAAAUUUUUGGACAGUGAUAUACAUUUAGUUUUUUUGGUUCUGUACUCCAUUGCUUUGGAUUUUAAAUGAUACAAUGAAUAUUGGGUUAAAGUACAAACAGUUAGCUUUAAUUUAAAGGUAUUUUCAUCCAUUAUAUAUUUUGUACAUAUAUGGCUCUCAAAAGUUAUCACCCCCCUUUAGCUAUUAUUUUGUAGAGGCCUUUGGCAACAAUUACAGCCAUGGGUAGUUUAGUAAGACUAGCAGUUUGCACAUCUGGACAGAGCCAUUUAUGCCCAUUCUUCUUAGCAAAAUUGCUCUCCAAGUUGGAUGAGGACCUUCGGUGAACAGCAAUCUCCAACUCUUUCCACAUUCUCAGUUGGAUUAAGACCUGGGCUGUGACUGGGCUACUCCUUGACAUUGACUUUUUUGUUUUUAAAGCCAGUGGGGCUUUGGCUGUAUGUUUGGGAUGAAUCUUCUCCCAAGUCCCAUGUAUCAUCCAGACUUCAGCAGGAUUUGUUCCAGGAUUUCUCUGUACUUUGCUCCAUCCACUUUGCCUUCUUUCUUCACAAUCUUUCCAGGCACUAAUUUAGAGAAGCAUCCCCUGCUUCACUAUAGGUAUGUUUUUCUCAGGAUAAUGUGUGAUGUUAGGGUUGCAUCAAACACAGCACUUUGUGUUAAGAUCAAAAAGCUCAGUUUGAUCUCACCAGACCAAAUAAUCUACUUCCACAUGGACUCAGAGUCUCCCAUAAGCAUGCUAGCAAACUCUAGUCGAGAUGUGGCUUGAGGUAUUUUCUUUUUGCCACUCUACCAUAAAGGCCACUUUCGUGAAGCACACUGGCUAUUGUUGCAGUAUGCACUGUGUCUCCCACCUUAGCUGUAGAAGACUGUAACUCCUAGAAUUUGUGGCCUUCGGCAACUCUAGGAGUUAGAGUCUGACCAGUCCACUUCUCACUCGGAUAGGACUGCCUGUUCCAGACAGAUUCACAACUGUGUCAUAUUCUUUAAAAAAUAAAUAAAUAGAUUUGACUGUGCAGGCCUGCUGUGCCAGGACAUGAUAUGGACCUCCCAGAAAAAGGUUUAUUUAACCUGAAAUCAUGUGAUAUACCUUGAUUGCACUCAGAUAGAAUCCAUUGAACUAAUUAUGUUACUUCUGUGAUGGAAAUUCCAUGUAUCGACACUCUUAAAAGAGUAAGAAACAGAGACAAAGUU